AUGGGAAAAGUGCGUAGAUACAAGAAGAAAUUAGCCAAAGCCGCAGAAGGGACGGCGAACGACGGCAAUGGAAAUGAACAAACAAAUUAUUUGUCAUUGGCCGAAGAGCUAAUGAAAAUGAAAAAAGACGAUGACAAGAUGAGCGUCUGUUCCGUGAUGAAAAGUGUCAAAUCUUGUGGUGGCGGUGAAUCUCUGAAAUUAAAAAAAGACGCCAAGCGGUGCUUAAAACACGCAUUCCUUAUAAAAAAGCUUGGAGUGACACAGAAAAAAUUGAAAAAGAGGAAGAAAAAGUCUAAUAACGAUGAUGACAGUGACGAUGACGACAAUGACGAUGAUGUUGAAAUGAGCAAUCAAAAAGUACUAGAUUGGCCUGUAGGAAACACAAAUAAUAGCGAUACAAAAAUUGCUCCUGUUAAGAAACAUAGAAAAGGAUUCCAAAAAAAACAAAACGCCCAAUUAGCUAAAGACUUGACGUUGUUUUCCAAAAAAAUUAAAAAGCAAAUGAAGCACCCUGACCAAAGUAUCUUCAAAACAUAACUAAUUAAUUUUUUUAACUACAUUUUUAACAUUUGUAUUAAAAUUUAAAAUAUAUUUUUAGUUUUUAAAAUGUUGUUUGGUU